GGAGAAUCAAGGAAGUAUCUGGUGAUAAAGAUACAACAGGAGCAACAAAAGCAACAACAAAGCAACAACAAAGCACCGUUUCUCAGCCGUUUCUGCCACAUCUCUAGCACAUGUGCUCACCCUCUCAACAGUCUCAACCCUCCCCAUUUACCUCCCCUACUCAAACUCCCCCUUCUCCUCAGUAUGAAACAGAUAUGCACUAUAUCAACCUCGCUCUUGCCCAAGCUCGCGAGGCCCUCGACGCGGGAGAGGUACCCGUUGGGUGCGUAUUUGUCGAUUCCGAGGGAGAGGUUGUAGCGAGUGCGAGGAACAGGACUAACGAGUUGCGUAACGCAACACGCCACGCCGAACUGGAAGCGAUCGACCACCUUCUCUCCUCCCCCUCCCUCUCCCUACCCCGUCCUCACCCCCUCAGCUCCCUAACACUCUACGUAACUGUCGAGCCGUGCAUAAUGUGUUCCUCCGCACUCCGACAACUCGAGAUCUCCCGCGUAGUGUACGGCUGUUCCAACCCCCGGUUUGGCGGGUGCGGCGGUGUUUGGGCUGUGAAUGAGCUGCCUCAUCCGAGGGAGAGGGCGUACGAAGCCCUAGAAGGGUAUGGCAGGGAGGAAGCGAUACUCCUCUUGAGACGGUUUUAUAUGACUGAGAAUAUUAAAGCACCGACGCCCAAGAGUAAAGCUAGGAGGGUGUUGAAGACUGACAUACCGCCUAUGAGGACACCUACACCUGGAAGUUGACGUCAUUCGGCCAUACGACGGUCUUCCGACGUGCGGAACAGCCCAGCAGCUGAAAGGGCAUACGAACACUGUGCCCAGCGUACGGAUAUCGAUAUCCCCCUCGCAUACUGCACGCAACCAGGCAUAGGGGUUGGUCCGAUCCCAAUCCCCUGUCCGCUCUAUCCGCCUCCCCCGGAUGGCCCAUUCAGCACGCUCAUGCUGUGCCCUGCGGUCAAUAACACUCCCCGGCCCAGCUGACGGGCGAGCGACUCGGUACCCACCGAGGAUUGCUCCAGUGGAAAACCGGCGGACCGAUCUGGCUUGCAUAGCUAGAAGGGGCUCGCCCCUGAGCGCAUCUAGACUGCGCGUGUGGUCUCUCAGUGUCUGUCGAGCAUCUCGCGAUCGACUCCGAAAAGUAACUCUGCUGUCGUGUCGAGUUCUCCAACGAGCGGUACUCCAGCGUCCGACAUCCUGCCUUUUCAGGUACAGCGAGGGAGCCGCCGAGCGCUCAUGAGGACGCGCAGCUGGACGGCCUGGGCCGACAGUACAAAUAGGCGUUAGACACCAUCUAAUCUCCGCAGUGAUGCGAUAUGUUGUCCAUCAGUGGGGAUUGAUUUUGCUGGCUGGGGAAUGUCGGCGCGGGGUCGGCCGUGAUCUGAUCUGAUGAGGACUGCGCCGGAGGUCGGGUCCUACUUUUACUUGAUGCAUUGUCCAUUGUCUAUUGUCAUUGUCUAUCAUUGUCAAUC